AUGAAGUCCCAACACCAAGACUCUACCGAAACAUCGUCCGAAUCGAAGAAAUCAGGGAGUGUUAGUUGCCCCACCUGUGGCAAGUUAGUUUCAAGACGCGCAGACCUCUCAAGGCAUCUCAACGUGCAUCUACCCCCCGAACUAAAGCUCAAGAAAUCUUUCAAGUGUGAUUGGCCUGGAUGUACUACGGCUACCCUUCAAAAGUCUAACUUGAUGAAUCAUUAUCGGAACGUACACUUGAAUAAGAAGGACAAAUUUUGCCCUCAUUGCGACUUUGUCACUGGUGACGCUGGUUCCUUUUCACGCCAUAAAAAAGCGUGUACCGCUGCGAGGGCUGCCCCCAUCCUUACUGGCACUGAUUCACCAAAGGACACGACGAAGCUGGGCAAACAGCCCUCAUCCACACGCAUCAGGAAGCAGUCGAAGAGAUACAGUCCGUACGGGAUACCAUCGCCUACGUCCACCGAUCACUCUUUCGAUCGGAGGGACGUAUGCUCGACUCCGACGAUCAGCGCACCGGCCUCAGCACCUUUGCCGCCGACUGUCCUCCAUGAAUCUGACGGCUUUCAGGAUGCUUCUCAAGCCAUGUAUUUCUCCUGGCAUGCUGAGGAUACUGUCUCUUCCGCAGCAUCAAAUACUUUGCUUCAAGGCUGGUCUGUGCCUCAACAAUCUUUUCAACCUACCCCCCUGGGAGGCCAUUCCCAGCCUUCAAUGACUCUAGUGCCCGAACUUGACCUUAUGCAGUCGUACUCUUUGUCAGUAGAUCUUCAGCUGCCAGAAGUUAUCCCAAAGUCGGAACCUACCUCUGCGCUCGACUGGCAUCAAUAUGGGAUCGCCGAUCCCCUGCUAUCCCUAAGCCAGCCUUCGACGUCGAUCGCUCCUACCUGGGACCCGUCUUUCUCUACGCAUAUGGCGUGUGCGUUCCCUCAGUUCGACCCGAUGCAGUCCCUGUACAGCGUCUCUCAAGACUGUAAUGAUAUUCCGUCUGCGCCGCCUAUGCUUGACUCUUAUCAGUCGCUGCCAUGCACCGGAUCAACUCUUCCUUACGCCCCGACCCAGCCUGAGCUGGGCUUGGAUGUCUUGGAUGGUUGGUUUAAUGACCAAUUCGGGGUGUCGCUCCUGUGA